CCCCGCGGGUGUCUGCGGGUGUCCUGCUCGUCCUGGCCGCGCUGAUCGCCGGUGGAAGCUGCUACCUCAAGGACUACCAUCACAGGCACGAGAUCAACGAAAUGAGAGUAUGCAUCGGCACGAACGGGCGGAUGUCGGUGCCGUCGAACCGGGAGUAUCACUACAAGAACCUGCGCGAUCGGUACACGAACUGCACGUACGUGGACGGCAACCUGGAGAUCACCUGGAUACAGAACAGUUCCUACGACCUCGGCUUCCUGCAGCACAUCCGCGAGGUGACGGGCUACGUGCUGAUCAGCCACGUCGACAUCCCGCAGGUGAUCCUGCCCCGGCUGCAGAUCAUCCGCGGCCGCACCACGUUCAAGCUGAACAAGUGGGACGACGAGUUCGGCCUGUUCGUGUCGUUCUCGCAGAUGAACACGCUCGAGAUGCCGGCGCUCCGCGACAUCCUGAGCGGGUCGGCCGGUAUCUUCAACAACUACAACCUCUGCCACGUACGCUCGAUCAACUGGGAGGAGAUCCUCUCCAACCCGAAGGCGAACAUACGGUACACGUUCAACUUCACGUCGCCGGAGCGUGAGUGUCCUCAGUGUCAUCACUCGUGCGAGGUCGGCUGUUGGGGUGAAGGAGCCCACAACUGCCAGAAGUUUAGCAAGCUGAAUUGUUCGCCUCAGUGCUCGCCGGGCCGGUGCUUUGGGUCGAAGCCACGCGAGUGUUGCCAUCUGUUCUGUGCCGGUGGCUGCACUGGCCCAACCCAGGAGGACUGUCUGGCGUGUAAGAACUUCUACGACGACGGCGAGUGCAAGCAGGAGUGCCCUCCGAUGCAGCGAUACAACCCGAUCAACUACCUCUGGGAGCCGAAUCCGGACGGGAAGUAUGCGUACGGGGCGACCUGUGUACGGAACUGCCCGGAACACUUGCUCAAGGAUAAUGGGGCGUGCGUGCGGACCUGCCCACCGAACAAGACGCCCCAGAACGGUGAGUGCGUCCCGUGUAACGGGGCGUGCCCAAAAACCUGCAAGGGUGAUGGCGUCGUUCACUCGGACAAUAUCGGCAUGUACCAGGACUGUACCAUCAUCGAGGGAUCGCUGGAGAUCCUGGACCAAACGUUCACCGGGUACCAGCAGGUGUUCGCGAACUUCUCCUUCGGGCCGCGCUACAUCAAGAUCCACCCGGACCGGCUGGAGGUGUUCUCGACGGUGAAGGAGAUCACUGGCUACAUCAAUAUCCAGGGCGACCAUCCGGACUUUACGAACCUAUCGUACUUCCGCAACCUGGAGGUGGUCGGGGGCCGCCAGCUGAAGGAAAACUUCUUUGCCUCGCUCUACAUCGUGAAGACUUCCUUGAAAUCGCUUGAACUGAAGUCACUGAAACGCGUCAACUCGGGCUCGAUCGUGAUUCUGGAGAACAGAAAUCUGUGCUUCGUGGAGGAUAUUGACUGGCUGAAGAUCAAGAAGAGCAACGACCAUGAAACGAUGAUCCACAGGAACCGCGCCGCGAGCGAUUGUCACGCAUCCGGAAUACAGUGCUCGGAGCAGUGCACCAAGUCCGGCUGCUGGGGCAAGGGCCCGGAGCAGUGUCUGGAGUGUAAGAACUUUGUGUACGAGGGCAAGUGUUUGGACAGCUGCAAGAGUCUACCACGGAUCUAUCAGGUGAACUCGAAGACGUGCGAAGAUUGCCACCCGGAGUGCAAGGACUUCUGCUACGGACCGAACGCGGACAACUGUGGCUCGUGCGUGAACGUGAAGGACGGCAAGUUCUGUGUGUCGGAGUGUCCGAUCAUGAAGUACGCCCUGAACGGGACCUGCGUCAAGUGCCACAAGACGUGCGUUGGGUGUAACGGGCCACGGGACACGAUCGCCCCGGAUGGGUGCGUUUCCUGCGAUCGAGCGAUUAUCGGCAGCGAUACCACGAUCGAGCGAUGCCUGAUGAAGGACGAACCGUGUCCAGAUGGCUACUACAGUGAUUGGGUGCUGCAGGAGGAAGGACCCCUGAAGCACCUGUCCGGGAAGGCGGUCUGCCGGAAGUGUCACCCACGGUGCAAGAAGUGCACCGGCUACGGGUUCCAUGAACAGUUCUGUCAGGAGUGCGCCGGGUACAAGAAGGGCGAGCAGUGCGAGGACGAGUGCCCGAUCGAUCAUUACGCGAACGAGGAGACACGCAUCUGCCAUCCUUGCCACAAGGAGUGCCGUGGAUGCCACGGGCUAGGGCCGGACGCGUGCGACGAGUGUCGCAAUCUGAAGCUGUUCGAGGGCGAUCCGUUCGACAACUCGACCACGUUCAACUGUACCUCGAUCUGCCCACCGUCGCACCCGUACAAGCGGUUCCCGCAGGAGACGGGCAAGAUUGGCCCGUACUGUUCGACCGAUCCGCUCCAGAGUGGCUUCCGGCUCGAGGCACAAACCCAGUACAGUGUGAUCCUGAUCGGGCUGUUCGUGUUGCUGUUUUGUCUGAUCAUCAUGUCGAUCUACUGUAUCUGCAGCAGGCAGAAAAACAAGAAGGAUGCGGUGAAGAUGACAAUGGCACUGGCAGGCUGUGAGGAUUCGGAACCGUUGCGGCCAUCGAACGUGGGUCCGAACCUGACGAAGUUGCGCAUCAUCAAGGAGGCGGAGAUCCGGCGGGGUGGUGUGCUCGGGAUGGGUGCGUUCGGGCGGGUCUUCAAGGGCGUCUGGAUGCCGGAGGGUGAAAGCGUCAAGAUACCGGUCGCGAUCAAGGUGCUGAUGGAGAUGUCCGGGUCGGAGUCGAGCAAGGAGUUCCUGGAGGAGGCCUACAUCAUGGCGUCGGUCGAACACCCGAACCUGCUGAAGCUGCUGGCCGUCUGUAUGACCUCGCAGAUGAUGCUCAUCACGCAGCUGAUGCCGCUCGGGUGUCUGCUGGACUACGUGCGCCUCAACCGGGAGAAGAUCGGCUCGAAGGCGCUCCUGAACUGGUCCACCCAGAUUGCCCGUGGAAUGGCGUACCUGGAGGACCGCCGCCUCGUGCACCGUGAUCUCGCUGCCCGGAACGUGCUCGUCCAGACGCCGUCCUGUGUGAAGAUUACCGAUUUCGGACUGGCCAAACUGCUGGACUUCGGAUGUGACGAGUACCGGGCGGCCGGUGGCAAAAUGCCGAUCAAGUGGCUUGCCCUCGAGUGCAUCCGGCACCGAGUUUUUACGAGCAAAAGCGAUGUAUGGGCGUUCGCCGUCACCAUCUGGGAACUGCUGACGUACGGGGCUCGGCCGUACGAGAACGUACCCGCCAAGGAUGUACCGGAGCUGAUCGAGAUUGGCCACAAGCUCCCACAGCCCGAUAUCUGCUCACUCGACAUCUACUGCAUUCUGCUGUCGUGUUGGGUGCUCGAUGCGGACUCACGGCCCACCUUCAAGCAGUUGGCGGAAAUGUUCGCCGAGAAGGCACGCGACCCCGGCCGGUACCUGAUGAUUCCGGGCGACAAGUUUAUGCGCCUCCCGUCGUACACGAACCAGGACGAGAAGGAUCUCAUCCGAACCUUGGCGCCCGUCACGAAUCCGGCAGGUCAGGCGGCCACCACGAUCGACGUGCCGAGUACGAUCGCUGAAGGGGACGAGUAUCUGCAGCCGAAAGCGACCCGACCCGCCCAUCUGAUGCUCCCGGGACCUUCGGCCGCGGAACCGUCGGAGGAAGCACCGAAAUCGCUGCGCUACUGCAAGGACCCUCUGAAGCCGGACGACGAAACGGAUAGUGGCGCGAAGGAGGUUGGUGUGGGGGGCAUCCGGUUGAAUUUGCCUCUGGACGAGGACGACUACCUGAUGCCGACGUGCCAAAGCCAAGCGCAGUCCACACCGGGAUACAUGGACCUGAUCGGUGUUCCGCCCAGCGUCGAUAAUCCCGAGUACCUGAUGGGUUCGGCGCAAGCCAUGGCCAUCGGAACGCCUCCACCGCCGACCCAAACGAUCGGCAUCCCGCUGUCACCGACGGAAACGGAAGCGACCUCCUCCGAGCACGAGUACUACAACGAUCUGCAGCGCGAGCUGAUCCCGCUGCACCGCAACGAAACCACUGUCUGAGCCUCUCUCUUGCCACGACCCGGGAGUCGAGAGAGCCGUGAGCCUGUUCUUGGUUCGAAGUUUUUGUUUUGCCAACAGUUAUUUGAUUUUAAGUAGCGAGAUGUGCCUUCGGAACUGCGGCAUGGUCUGCAUUUACAUCGACAGAAAGGAAGGAGUACAGUUACUAGAGUACUUAAAUGCCUACGACAGAGGGUCCAUUAGUGAUUGGUUCGGUUUAGGGGAAGGGUGGAUUGAAUUGCGCCUUCUGUUAUAAAUAGUAUAUCAACUGAAGUUAAGAAGCCGCGCUUGUAGCCAUUCAGCACACUCUUAGCCCGUGAGACCCGUACGAUAGACAGUUUGCCCGAGUUGGAAAGAAGCUACAGAAAGAGGUUUUACGUAUAAACAUUUCAUUUGAAUACCUGUGAUACUAUUUUUAAAGUUGUACUCUUAUGGCGCGAUUUUAAAUGUAAGGCCUGGAACAUUCAACGAGCAACGUCAACAAAAAAACAGUUACAAAUAACCUACACAGAUGAACACAGAUUUCCCGAGUCUUUCGCCAGGAGCGAGGACGUUCCGGAGACAAAGUUUAGACAAGUAUUAGCAUUAGAAGUAGCAUUUAGAGCAGACGGACGCCAACGAAAACCCGUCGAUCAGUGAUUGAAGAAUUGAAAUCUAUCGGAAAACCCACCCAACACCCAAACUACUUGCCUGCACAAGACUACUUAACACACAGGAGAGAGAGAGAGAGGUCACUGGUAUCGGACUCUGCGGGGGAACUCUGGGAAAAUGUCCCCACUUUUGCUCCUCAUUGUGCGAUGUCGUGGGAAUAGCAAUACGGACUAGAGAAUGACAGAUUCGGCUGCGCGUACUAUUGUUUUCGUUUGUUAGGUGAUGCAGUUGUCGGUAGAUGAUAUUGUACAUACGGUACAUCCGUUGCAAGCCUGCAGGUAUUAAAUGAAUAUCGAAUAUAGUGGAAGUGUUUUCUAGAGAACCAGAUAUAUAUAUAUAUAUAGUUUUAUGUACAUAUAGGCUAGGGCCGCUAACGUGACGGGCUGAUAUACUGUAGAAUCCAGGACACCAGAGGGCUCCAUUUUAGUCGAGCUUGCAUUAGAGCGUAUGGGGGUAGCGAAGUGGCAAUGGUAGGGAGCUAGUAGAGAAGGAUUUUAAUUAGAACGUCGACAAGCGAACGCUGUUCAGCCAGCAACUUCCCACGGUGUCCCGAUUGCAACGCAAGGACAUGCGACACUCACAAGCACACACAGAGAGUUGCCAAACGCCGGACUCGACGGGAGAAACGUACUGCAGAAACGAAAUCGUGCCAUUUUUUGAGUCCGGUUGGCGGAGGCCUUGCGCGCGACACUGCGAAUGGAACGCUGCGAAUGCGGAACGCUGCGAAUGGGGGAACGCUCACUU